GAACAUUCAACCUGCUGCACCGCUGGCGGGGCGUAGGACCGUAGUGUGUGUCCAGGAUACAUUAGAUUUACAUGCAUCGUAUUUAAUUUUUUCCCGACUCUAGCUGCACAUUCUUAUUUAUCCGCGGUGGGUCCACAUACUACAUCAUUUGAAAGCAUACAAAUCUGACGAUGAGGAAGAAAACGGCGGCGAAGACGCGUCACGUUGUUGUGGCCUGGAUGAACAAAGCAGAAUACGAGCAUGUGAUGGAGUAUUUGUACUCUAAAGAGCCCGCGCUGCAGAAACACGCGCUGCAUAGGAUCUCCGCGUGGAAGGGCAGGUUCGGGCAAAGCACUCCGGUGGCCGUGGAGAGCACCGCGGACCUGGUCCGAUGUCAGGUGCUGGACAGCACGGGUCAGCUGGAGGCCAGUGAUCUUGUCCUUCUCUAUGGCAUGGCGCUGGUUCGGUUUGUUAAUCUCAUCACAGAACGGCAACAGAAAAGUGUCGCCAGACCCUUGCGUAGGUUAGCCAGAAAUAUAAAUAUUCCUGAGUGGGUGGUAGACCUCAGGCAUGAUCUGACACACCGCAGACUUCCAUCACUAAAGUGGUGCCGAAAAGGUUGUGGAUUUGUACUAGACUGGUUGCAUCAGGAGUACUGGUCCCGCCAGAUGGGCAGUCAGCUGGCAGAGGGCUGGAACUCUUCAUCAGAGGAGGAGGAUGAGGAGGAGGUUGUUAAAAGACAGGAGAGAGAUCAACUCAGCAGACAGAAAGAGAUUGAGGCACACAAAAAAAUCAGAGAACUGCUCAACUCUUAUGAACAGGAACAGUUUCAGACAUAUGGAGACCUGACAAAGCAGGGAAGGCAGCUUGACAUGUGGCCGGAUGCCAGCGCUGAUCUCAGCUGGAUCCUGACGCAGAUCAAGCACUUUGCCACAGAGGCCAGAAACAUCUUCACUGAUGUUUUAAUGGAGGAUGGAUUCCUUAUUCCCACGGCAGAACAACUGGAGUCUUUGGAUAUUGACCCCUCUGGGAACUCUGACGACGUGUUCGCCCCUUGUCUCCCUCGAGUGUUUUUGCACUUCUGGUUGCCGUUAUUGAAGGUUGUGAAUUCAUCCAUCUUUAUAAAUCAAAUCCUUGACAAACUUUUCGCUGAGCUCUCGAACGAGCCGUCCAGUCACAGAACUUACUACAUUGCCUCCUGGAUCUCUGAAAUUUUGCUCUGCAACAGCAAAGCAGGUGAAUUGAAGGCUCACAAGCGACUAAAAAUAUUAAAGGAAAGGAUCUUUCUGAACAGAUUACAGUUUCCAUGGCGGAAUCUGAUUUCUGCAUGUGUGAACGCACCGUGCACAGCUACACCGUUCCUUCUGCGACAGAUUUUCAGUGACAUGGAUAAGCCUCUCCCACAUGACGCUCAGCAGAACCUGCUUCAGCUCUGCAGCAUUUAUACACAGGGUUACCAUGGAAACUCUUCCCCUGGACCCUCAGACCCUUCUCAGCCUGUGUACACCCUACAAAACCUCCAGGAGAGACUCAAGAGGAACACCUCACCGAACAGAGACACACCUAACCACACCCCUGGAUCAUUACAGGCUCCGCCCACAGAGGAGCUCCAGGAAAAGCUAAGCACAGAAACCGUACAGGACAGAAACUCUGCAUUACGAGGAUCAGCAUGGAGCGUGUGCACAGAUAAAGUCCCCUGGAAACAGUACCCGCUAGGAAAGGUUCCAGGACAACCAGAAGACCCCUCCUGUUUGAUGGCGGAGUCUUAUUCUACAUUUACUGUGUUCGACCAGCAGGUGGAGUUAGAUCGACUCCCUCAGCACCAUGGCAACAGGAGCGUUUCCCUUCAGAGCAGAGGUGCCAGUGGAUCAGAUGGGCCACUUUGGACUCACAAUGAUUUGAGCAAACUCAAAUCUGGACUCAAACUAUUCUAACACACACUCAGAUCUUCAAUGGCCUGAAGAUAGUGAACCACCAACCCUUAACUUUGAACCCUAUCAUAUUAAAAACAAACACUUGAGGGCUAAGCUGGACUGAGGCUCUUCUAAACACACACAUCCAAUAUCUGACACGAUGCUGUUGUGUGCUGCAUAGUUGGAAACACCAAGUUGUUUUUGUUUUAUAAUUCAUGUUUAUUGAGGAAGUGUUUUGCCUUACUCUAAUAUCAUUACAGUUAGUCCAAACUGCAGUUUAAUCGACUCCGCUCAGUCCUACAGCUCUUGGCACCCGUUCAAACCAUCCGGAAGUGAAACUCCCAUGAGCAAUGUCUCACGAGGUUCUAAUGAAGAAGUUGGUGCUGUUUGAAAAAUCUUGUAAAUUACAUUAUUUUUGAACACAAAGUUGCCAAAUAAACAUGUUUUUCUGUACUUAA